AUGGCGAAUAAUGAAAAUCUAUUUUCUUCAUUGGUUUCUGAUAUAAAAAACUACAAUGGAACAGAUCCUCUUGUCCCAUGGCUCCGAGGAAUUAAGAAAAUGACAGAUGCAUUACUCCCGGAGCUACUCACACAGAAGCUUCCGAGAUUUCUUCAGAAAUGCGCUCAAACUUUCCAAACUGACCGUCGAUAUCGCAACGAUUCACGAUACCUUCGUGUUUGGAUUAAAUUGUUGGAUUUUGUUGAUGACCCUGGUGCUGUUCUGAAAAACAUGAAGGCGAAUAACAUUGGGGACAAGAGGUCACUGUUUUAUCAGGCCUAUGCACUUUAUUACGAAAAGAAGAAGAAGUAUACUGAGGCCGAGAAUAUGUAUCAUUUAGGGGUGCAGAAUCUUGCAGAGCCUGCAGAUGAGCUACAGAAAGCAUAUGAUCAGUUUCUUGUUAGAAUGCUGCGACAUAAACAGAAGAGGAUACAGCGUCAUGAAAGGCGAAGUACUGGAAAUCUUCUAGUUGAUGACAUUAAGCAUACGGCAGAAAAAGUUUUAGUUGAAUCUAAAUCCCAACAAAUAAAGGACAAGAAACAAAUUCCACAAACUACUGGUUGUGGAGUAGAUGGACAUGCUGGUGAAAACACAGUUGUGGUUAGAUUUGCAAAGACAGCCAUUGUUGGAAAAUCCCAAGCUGAAGAUGCACGCCAUCAUGGACUGGUGGAGCCCACUAUCAACACAAAAGAAGCCAUGGAUGCAAUAAAUAGUAUGUUUCGUGAGCCUUUAGGUCCAGAAGAAUUUCCAAAAUACAAUUCACGUAAAAGCAAAGAAAAUGGUGGUAACUGCUCAAAUGAUGGCUUCAAGGUGUUUAAUGGCUUCAAGGUGUUUAAUGGUGGUAACUGCUCAAAUGAUGGCUUCAAGGUGUUUAAUGAUGAUGACUCGGGUAGCAUGGUCAAAGAAUCAAACAAUAAACAACCUGCGGAGGAACCUUUUCAAAUCUAUUGUGAUGACAAUGAAGAUAAUGAUGAGGAUGAGGAAGAUAAAUUAAACCAAAGAAUGGCUUCAAACAAAACAAAAGGUGCAUUUGUUUUUCCAUGCCCUAAGGAAACUCCUGUAGAAUCCAAAAUUUCAGACUCAGUCAGGAACCCACAAGCAAAAUUUAGAGAAGAUACAGUUGUGUUUCGGUUUGUUGGGUCCACCAUAUCAGACGAGCCAAAGGUGGAAAAUGUGUGCCAUCAUGGCCUAGUAGAGCCUACAGUAAACUUAAAGGAAGCCAUGGAUGACAUUAAUGGCAUGUUUGGAAAACCAAUAGAAUUUGUAAGGAAGAGAAGACCAAGAAAGCAGGAGAAACCCUUUGAAGAGAAACAGGAUUGCAGCUCCUUUAUGAUACUUCCAGACGAUGAAAUGGAUCAUCAUCAACAAAAGAUUUCCAGGCCUAGUACUUCACGUUCAAGAAAAGAAAAAGAUUUGUUUGAGCAGACUAUUUGCACAAAGGAAGCCAAGGAUGAUAUAAACAAGAUGUUUGCUAUGCCUUUGGACUUCUAAAGAACUUGAUAACACUAAUUUUGGCAGCUGGGAUUGGUUCAGCAUCUGUAAGAGACCAUGAACCAAAGUAUUUACAACUCUGGCAAUACACCUUUCCUUCUACAACAACGGUGGCGGUUUUGUCUUGUUUCACUGGUACAUCAUGGGCGGUGGUAGCUGCAGCUAGAAAGGUCAGUGGGAGUAGGAUGGAGAUCAUGAUGAUAAACUGAUUGUUCGCCAUUUUCUCCCCGAGUUUUGUUGUAAACUUGAAGGCAACAAGAAUGAAAGUUGUUUGUGGGAUGAAUAUGAAGAGCCAUGUUUCAUUAUAUAUAGUUUGCAGAAGUGAUUAAAAAAACGAAAAAAUAUAAGUGGACUUUGGUUUGAGACAGACGUGGUGGCUACCAUGUAUACUUCUGAUUUCUGAAUCGAAUUUGAAAUCAAUAUUUCCAUGUUUAAAUGCCAAAGACUACGUGAAAGCCAUUAUUUUCUCUUUCAUGUUUUUUGUUUCAGAUAAUUGUCAUUGUUGUUAUACUUUAUUUUUAAUUUGUAUGCAUGACUGGUGAUAUGAGUUAUCAUUAUCUUCACAUAU